AUGUUCUUGAACUUAGGACAGAAGAAACCUUUUACAUUGGUAGAUAUUAAAAGCUAUGUGAGUUUGCAAGGUUCGCACUCGCUCCACGUCCCUCAUAAAUUCAGCGGCUUUCUUCUUGUCGCCGAGCAGGAAGGCCUGGUAGAGGAUGGCAUCGGAGGCGUCGGACUUCCUCCGCCAGGAGCAGCAGGAUCUUUUGCUCUAUACGGAGAUGCACUUACUAAAUUCAGUGAUCGAUGCCCGAAUGCAGUCACACAAACUAGUUCUAUGCCGAAGAGCGAGAUUCAGGUGAUGUGGACCGCACCCCCGGCUGGUUCGGGUUGUGUGGUAUUUCGGGCCACUGUUCUCGAAGUGCGUGAUGUGUGGUACAUGGACGAUGGUCCUCUUAGUAGAACUUUGUGCGAGGACUCGCAGGACUCGCUCGACUUGCAACCUAGUGUGGUCGAUCCUUGCGAGGCUUGCGAUGAAGCCAAAUAUGAGGUGACUUUUGAAGGGUUGUGGUCACGUCACACCCACCCUAAGGAUUUUCCCAGCAACGGAUGGCUGACGCGUUUUAGCGAUGUCAUCGGAGCAAGUCACACAGUGGAUUACAGGUUCUGGGAAUAUGGCCAACCGGCCAGCGAGGGAUUACGCCAGGUUGCAGAACAUGGUGCAACCAGGAUGUUGGAGAGCGAGCUUAAGGCCGAGAGCGAACACAUCCGUACAAUCAUCAAAGCCCGAGGCAUCAGUUACCCCAACGUAACCGGCAAGACCUUCGCCGUGUUCCGCGUCGACAAGCGGCAUCACCUGGUGUCGCUGGUCUCUAUGAUUUUCCCGUCUCCCGACUGGAUCGUCGGCGUCUCCGGGCUUGAGCUGUGCGCCCGCAACGGCUCCUGGAUAGAGUCGCGCGUGCUGAACCUCUACCCGUGGGACGCGGGCACGGACAGCGGACCCUCUUACAUAGUAAGUAGAAUUAGACAUGGAAACGGGACUCUGAAUUAA